AGUAUGUUUCAAAAGAAAGCAUAUUCCAGGCAAAGGAAGGGAUUGUAAUUGGGGCAGAGACAACUAUGUGUAAAAAAAGAAAUUAAUCUCAUUAGAUUUUCUGUUUCUCUCAGGUACCACAUAUCUGCAACUUGAAAUAUUGAGAUCUUUGACACCAAAAUGCCAAAUAUAAAUUUUGUAAAGAUUUUUUUCAUGACAAUUUUUAUUGUUGCGAUCCUGAACUCAUUGUCAUUUUACUGGAUGAAAUCAAUGGAGAACCCAUUCCAACAUCAAAAGCCAGCAGAUGUAUGCAGAGGGAAGAUUGCUAGAGCUUCUUCUACUUGGCAAUUUGAUAUCGCAGGAGGAGACAUUGGCUACUAUGGACAAGUGACAGCUCUCAAUGACUGCAUCUAUCGAAACAUGCAUAGAAGUCAGUUUGUGGUGCUGAAUGACAUUGAUGAAAUUCUGCUACCCGCUGGUUUCCCUGAUUGGAAAACAAUGAUGAGAACUAUUGAUGUAGAUCAGGGAAAGUUUGGAGUUUUCAUGUUUGUGAGCUUUCUCUUCCCUAAUACUCUCUAUGCACCUCACCUCAAAUAUAACAUUUCAUCAUGGAUGGUUAUCCCUGGAGUUGAUAUCCUAAAGCAUAUUUACAGGGAAACUUACCAACAGAGAUAUGAUAAACCAAGGAAAUUGAUAGUCAAACCCCAUAGUGUGAUUCAGAUUUCUGUCCACAGGGUCCCAAAGAGUUUCAAUCAUACUUUUCUGGUUAGCCCAUAUGUGGGCUUUAUAUACCAUUGCAGAUAUGCCAGUCCUGAAUAUAUGAUUCAAAAACUUUUCAUUAAGGAUGACAGAAUAUGGAAUUAUGGUGAAUCCUUAAUUAAAAAUGUUAAUGAUGUUUUGAUGAAGGUGUUUUCCCUAGAUAUGGAAGAGGUGCUGCUUUUUUGAUCAUUCUGUGAGUCUAAUCCUAGGGAAGCAAUGCCAAAAUAAAUCCCAUUUGCUUAAAU